AAUGCUAGUAUACCAACUCCCUCCGGAGUCGUAAACAAGAAGGAAUAUUAAAAUCAAAUGCAAUUUCUUUCUAAAGAGCAAGCAACUACAAGUGCAAUUUAAAUGGUUCCCUCCAAUAAAGUAAAUGCUCGUCGGUUUUACUAUACGUGGCUUAAGUGUGUUAAAAAUUGAAAAAAUGGACAUUUGAAACUGUAUUACAAUCACUGAGAGUGUUAGGAAGCAUUGAGUGUCUCUGCAAAAAAAAAAAGAAAGAGAACUUGAGAAAUGUGGCGACAUAUUCGGCAGCCCCGUGAAUUGGGCGCGCAUAAAGGGCAGCCGGUGCCACGCCGCACCAGGCCGGGUUCUUCCUCGACGAGGAAGGAGGUAAACGACCGUGUCCUCGGCGAUUCCGUGACCUUGAUUUUGGAGAGGGGGGCAGCUCUCUCGGCUCGCGCACUGAGCCGAUGCUGUCCGCACCGUUCACUUCGCGUUUGGCGGCUGCGUUGUGACCGAUGCCCGUGGUGGUUACCUGAUGGCACCGCACGCGUUACACCUGCUGCUGCUGCUAGGUGGCUGUGUAGCGCUGGCAUCGGCACGCGCCGACCACAGCUCUCGCCUACUUUCUCAGCCCGCAAUGCACCAAGACCACCAGGAUACCCCACUGCAGCGCACAAAGGCGCAUCACCACCUUAUCGAGAAGUGGGGCCUUCCCCUGGUGGUGGCUGCAAAACACGUGGUUCCGUUGUGGAUAGCGGGCACAGCGGCCGUCCUUGGCGUGGUGCUGGCUCACUCACCGCUAUCGCCGCUGCCUGUGCCGCCGUUACCACACGCCCCCGUCGGGCGAUUCCCACCCAGGCAGACCGUCAUCAAGGUUCCCACCCCGGUGCACAUAGUGACCGUCCACCGCGCACGGCGGCGACGAAGGGCAGCAUCCUUUCUGUCUCAGCAGAAACCCGCCACGCCAGUCGGCAGCAUGCUAGUGCAGGGCACCAGCAGCGUGAACAAGUUGAUGCAGUGGCUUCAACUGGGCGGUUACCCACCCAACACAUGGCCCAUGCCGGGCCCUUCCAAACUCCCACUCAGACCCGCCGCCCAGAUGGUCCUCGACAGCGUCGUGCGCUUGCAGCCCGCGCAGGUGCUCCGGGCAGCCCUGGCUGUAUCGGCAGCAUAUCGCGUGCUCCGACUGGUUGGCUCCGUGGUUGCGGGGGCGAUGGACACCUAGCAACGCCGCAGCGAGCCCUGCUCCGAUCAGUGGCAGCAUGACACCAUGAGACAAGAACCAAGAUCCACCGCUCAAGCAAGCAGCACGGCCCUGCACCAACAGUUCUCUCCAUCAUCAGGUGUCUCAAGACUGAGCAUUAAAGCAAAUGUUUUCAACAACGUAAUGCCGAGGCCACUUUCAGUACUCUUUCAACACCAUUAUGGUUUAAUAUUUAAGCUGGUUGUCUUAUACAGAAGAAGUUUCUGUUUGUGGUUUGUUUUCAUGUCGCUUACGUAUUCGUCAGUUUUUCUUGCUCUAAAAUAAAGCACUUUUCUAUUCUCGUA